CCGGCUCGGCCCGGCAUGCUGCUGCGGGUGCGCUCGGCGGUCUCGCACCUGGUGGCGGGGCUGGGCCCCGGGCCGGGCACGCAGUCCCCGGCCGAGCCCCGGCACGGCGGUGGCGGCGGCAGCGGGGCCGGGGGCGAGGAGGGGCCGCGGGUGGCGGCGUUCUGCCGGCCGGCCUUCCUGCAGCUGACGCCCGAGGAACUGCGCCGCGCCGACGACCACACGGGGCGGGCGGUGCAGAGCCCCCGCGACGGCCGCCGCCGCCUGCCCUGGAGCACGGGCUACGCCGAGGUGAUAAAUGCGGGGAAGAGCCAGCACAACGAGGACCAGGCGUGCUGCGAGGUGGUGUUUGUGGAGAGGAGGCCCAGCCCCAGGGGCCGCCUGCCCUGCAGGGAUGGCAGCGGGGAGCCGGACAGGGGCAGGAAGGGGUUUUAUUUCCACUACUGGGCCCUGUUUGAUGGACACGCGGGCAGCGGUGCUGCUGUCAUGGCAUCCAAGAGGCUGCACCUGCACAUCUGUGAGCAGCUGCGGGACCUGGUGGACAUCCUACAGGACCCGUCCCCACCUCCCAUCUGCCUGCAGCACGACGCCGAGCUGAGCCAGGCAGAGGACAACGGGGAGGUCCCCAGUGAUGCUCUGCCACGCUUCCACCUGGAGAAGGCGGUUUCCCAUGAGAGCCUGGUGAUCGGUGCCAUUGAGAACGCCUUCAAACACAUGGACGAGCAGAUCGAGCAGGAGCGGACGUCCCAGCACAUCUCUGGGGGCUGCUGUGCCCUGGCUGCUGUCUACCUCAUGGGCAAGUUCUAUGUGGCCAACGCUGGUGACAGCAGGGCCAUUAUCAUCCGUAACGGGGAAAUCAUUCCAAUGUCCAGGGAGUUUACUCCAGAGACAGAGAGGCAGAGGCUGCAGUUCUUAGCGUUCCUGAGACCUGAGCUGCUGGGAAAGGAGUUCACACACCUCGAGUUCCCCCGCAGGAUCCAGCCCAAGGAGCUGGGGAAGAAGAUGCUGUACAGAGACCAGAGCAUGAACGGCUGGGCUUACAAAAAGAUCGAAGAGGAUGACCUGAAGUUUCCACUCAUCUAUGGGGAAGGCAAAAAGGCUCGGGUGAUGGCCACUAUUGGGGUGACACGGGGCCUGGGAGACCAUGACCUCAAGGUGUUCAGCUCCAACAUCCACAUUAAGCCUUUCCUGUCCUGCUUCCCAGAGGUCAGGGUGUACGACCUCACACAGUAUGAACACUGCCCCGAUGACGUCCUGGUCCUGGGCACCGAUGGGCUCUGGGAUGUCACCAAUGACAAGGAAGUGGCCAGCGUGGUGAUGGAGGUGCUGACAAGCUAUGAGCCCAAUGACCCGUGCAGGUACACCGUGGUGGCCCAGGAGCUGGUGGUGCGCUCCAGGGGCGUCCUGAAGGAGCGAGGCUGGCGGCUGCCCAACGACAAGCUGGGCUCUGGCGAUGACAUCUCUGUGUUUGUGAUCCCCCUGGGCGGCCCCGGCAACUACAUGUGAUAAUCUGACAGCACUGGGCAGAGGGGUCGCACUGCCUGGUUGGCCAUGAGCAGGAUGCUGGCACUGCCCAGGGCACCGCUCACUCCAGCACUCGUUUCCUGAGCCGACCACAAGAAGAAUGAGGAUCUUGGAGCCUCCUGCCCGAAGCACCCCCCUCACCUACUGCAUCCCUGCCCUCUGUAGAGGUGGAAGGACAGAGCAGAGGCUGGGUUCAAGGGCUGGUUUUCUUGGUUGCUGUGAAAAGCCUCAGUGCUCUCUGGCUUCUGGGUGCAUGCUCAGCACCUCGCCCUGGCCCAGGUGCGCUGGUUACAGCCCUGUGACUGGGCUCCGAGUGCCUGUACCCUGUGAAGCCUGUGCUUGCUGCUGCAAUCACCUCCUUUUCCUGCCCUGUGACAUUUGCACCACGGUUGCUGAAGCUUCUGCACUGGGAUGGGUGUGGAGUGGGGUCCUGCUGGCAGCGGGGCAGUGCCCAUCCCAGCUGCAGGUGCUGUGAGCCCUAAGGAUGCCCCAGUCCUGUGCUCACCUUCUUUGGCUCCUGGGCCCCAUCCCCAGCCGGGCACGCUGCCUUGGUCUCAGGUUUCGGUGGACGUGACAGGGCUCAGUCACAGAGCACCUGGGAGGAAAUGAGCUGUUGCACUCGCAUGGUGUUUGCCAGCCCCUGGCUGUGCCAUGGGCUCUGCCCACCACCUCUCUUCAUGCCUUGGAUCACCGCUGUGUUUCUAGAGCCAAUUAUUUAUUAUUAACCGGAGAGCUGAGCUGGGAAGUGUCUCAAUUCCUUCUUGGUGUGAGGUGGCAGUCGGUAUGAAUAUAGGUCUGUUAUUUCUGAGUGGUUCUAAUUUGGCAACUGCUGAGCAGCAGUUACAGAGCAGCCCCAUUCAGCCAAGCUUAACAGCUUAAAAUGCUGCAUGGAUCUGCUUAGCGGGGGGCUGGAAGCCUGCAAUAAAAGCAGCUUGGUCGUGGCUGGGAAAUGGAGUGGGCUGGCUUUUCCCCAGACUCGGAGCUGGUUCUGAGCAGGGCUGUAGCUGCAGUUCUUUUCUCUGCACUAUUGCGUUGUGCAUCUGGCAUCCCUCUGACCUGGGGGAUGAUGAGUUUCCUGCAGCUCUGCAGCGUUGCACCCUGUCAAAGCACAAAGGUAGCGUGGCCAUGGGGACAGCUGAGUCCUGUGCUGUGCUUUGGCGAUGCACCGUAGCAGCUGCCCAUUGUCACCGGGUGUCACUCCGGGGAGCGUUCCUCUCUGUAAUCAGCGAGAUGUAAAUAAACUGGGUGCACUCAGUGGGGAGUGAAAGUUAUCCAGCGACGUUUGCACCCGUGUGCAUCUCCGUGCCGCAGGGAGCAGGGGGCGAUGCUGGGGUUGGAGGAGCUGCCCUUGCGUAGCACCGCGUGGUUAAAUAAAGGUCGUGCCGCUCGCA